AUGGGGUACGUCGGGGGAGGCUAUGCGUUGAACCAGGCACAGGGGUAUAGCAACGCUGGUGACUUGAGUGUGGCGGUGGGGGAAGUUUGGGCAGCUCAAGGGGGGAUGGGGGAGGCUGUGGGGCAGAAGUGGGGGACGGACGGUUUGGCAGAGGUAGAUGAUGGGGGGUAUGGUGGGGGAGGGGAGCAGCAGCAGGCAGAGGAGGAAGACGAGGAGGAGGAGGUGGAAGAGGAGCAGGAGGAGGAGGAAGAGCAAGAGGAGGAGCAGGCACAGGGGGGUGAGGGGGAGGGGGAGGGGGAGGGGGAGGAAGAGGAGGAGGAGGAUGAGGAGGAAGAGGAGGAGGCGGAAGAGGAAGAAAGAGGGGAGGAUGGAGAAGAGGAGGAGGAGGACGAGGAGGAAGAGGAGGAUGAAGAGGAUGAAGAGGAAGAGGAAGAGGAGGGAGGAGGUGAGGAAGAGGAGGAGGAAGGGGGCCAAGACAGGCCCGAGGUGGGUGGUGAUGGUCAUAGCGGUCAGGAGCCAUGGGUAGGGUACGGUGGAGAGGGAAUUCCCGGGGGUUCUGGUGGUACAGAUGGCCAGUGGGUGCAAGACGGAGUGGGUGUAACGGAAGGGGUAGUACAGGGUGUGGAGCAGGAGGAGGAGGAGGAGGAGGAGGAGGAGCAGGAGGGGGAGGAUGAGGAAGAGGAGGAGGAAGAGGAGGAGGAGGAAGAGGAGGAGGAGGUGGAGGAGGAGGAACACGAGGAAGAGGAGAGGGAGGAGGAGGGAGACGAAGAAGAGGAGGAGCAUCCGGUGCAAGAAGGAGAGGAGGAAGAGGAGGAUGAUGAGGGAGAAGAAGCAGAGGCAGGUCAUACCCCUGCUGCUGCUGCUGCUGCUGCUGCUGCAGGAAAAGCGGCUAGCGCUGUAGACAUAGUGGGAGGGAGAGGACGAGGAGGGUCAUUGGCAGGCCCAGCAGCAGCAGCAGCAGCAGGAGGAGUGGUUCCAGAUUCGUCAGCAGUUGGGAGGGGAUCUGUAGUCGCUGGUGUUGGUCGAGGGAUGGUGAAGCAGGAAGCAGGGGACGUGAAUGGAUUUCCAGGGAUGAGCCACCAGCGGCACCACCUUGCUUCUCCUGCUUCUCGUGCUGCGGCUGAUGCGGCCAGCAUCAGCGCCGGGGCUGGUGCUGAUGCAGGGAAGAGAGGGGAAAGAGCAGCGUUAGGCGGGCAAGGAUCCUCUGCCAAGGCUGAAGUAGUAGAUGGUCCGUCUAGUCCGUCUAGACCCUCCGUGCCCGUUUUCACCCCCGCUGGCGGAGAUACAAGUCAGUCUAAAGAAAGUGCUUUCCAUGCUUCUUCGGCUGCGGCUGCGGCUGCGGCUAGCGGCGCCACCGGAGGAAGGAAUGCGCUGGUGGUGUCAAGGGAUCGUGCGAGGUUGGAUGCAGCGGUUGCAGCAGCAGGCGUGCUGGAGCUCUGUCCUGGCGUGCAGCUGCGUAUGCUGCCUGAUUAUGAUGAUAUAGCCCCAAGCUUGGGGCUUCCAGGCUAUGCGGACGUUUAUCUGGAUGAAAGGGCGUUGAAUCCUAGUUUGGGACCCGGGGAACUUGCUUCUGUGGUCCUGGCGGGGGUUAUUCAGAAGGAGAAGGAACGGCGGGAGUGGGAGGUGAAGCAGAGAGUGGGGAAGGAGCUGGAGAGAUUAGAGGGAGAGAGGAUGGAAAGGGAGAGGUUAGAGAGGGAGAGGUUGGAGCGGUUGGAACAGGAAAGGAAGGAAAGGGAGAGGAGGGAGAGGGAGAGGAGGGAGAGGUUGAGGAGGGAGCAGGAGAGGAAGGAGAGGGAGAGGAAGGAGAGGGAGAGGAAGGAAAGGGAGAGGAAAGAGAGGGAGAGGAUAGAAAGGGAGAGGAAGGAGGCUGAGAGGAGGGAGAGGGAGAGGAAGGAACGGGAGAGGAAAGAGAGGGAGAGGAAGGAAAGGGAGAGAAAGGAGAAGGAGAGGAAGGAGAGGGAAGAGAGGGAGCGUCAGAGGUUGUUGGAGUUGGAGAGGAAAAGAGAGGAGGAAAGGAGAAGGGAGGAGGAGAGGAAAAAGGAGGAGGAGCGGCAGAGGCAGUUGGAAUUGGAAAGGCAGAGGGAGGAAGAGAGGAAGCGACAGUUAGAGCUCGAACGGGAGCGAGAGAGGGAGAGAGAGAGGGAGAGGCAGCGGGAAUUAGAGCGAGAACGAGAGAGGGAGAGGCAGAGGCAGUUAGAGAUACAGAGGGAAAGGGAGAGGGAGCAAGAGAGGGAGAGAGAGAGGGAGCGGCAGCGAAUAGCAGAGGAAGCAGCGGCUGCUGCGGCAGCGGCGGCGGCGGCGGCAGCAGCGGCAGAAGAGAGUGGUGGGGCAGAUCAAAUGAAGUUCUGGGGAGCUUCCAGAACGAGGGGGUCUAGAACUGGUGUGGGUGAAGGGGAAGAAGCAGGUUUUCCCAAAAGCUUUCCGGAGAGGGGGAGAGGCGAGUGGAAUGCAGAUAUGGCCGCUCAUCAUGGUGAUACGCAAGGGCGUGCCUCUGCUGCGCUGGGGGGAGCUGGGUUUGCAGCAGGCAUGCAGCAGCAGCAGCAGCAGCAGCAAGCGGGGAUGCUUGUGCAAAAGCAGGGUAGGCCGUCUCUAGACGCUGUUCUGGCAGCAGCAGUGGCAGCAGGGAGUAGCACUGGUGGCACAGCAGGUGCAGGAGCAGCAGACGCAGCAGCAGCAGCAGGGGGGGCAGCAAUGCAGCAGUUUUCCCUGGGCGCGCCAGGCUCUGCCACCCCCUUCCCGCAACAACCCACACCACCAUCCGCCCUCACCCCACCUCCGCUCUCCGCCCUCUCCGCCCCACCGCCUUCCAAACCUGGCGAAGCCGGUGGCCCUGUGACAGGGAUAGUGCAGGGAAAGCGUGGGGUGGUGGGCGGGGGGAGGAAGGUUCUGUCUAAGAUGGAACAGGAGGCAGCGCUGCUGAAAGAGAUGGAGAAAACGGCCAAGGCAUGGAGCUCCAUGGUGCGAAAGGACCUGCUGAAGCACCACCGGCUGUUUGUGAUGACGCACAAGAAGCAGUCGCUGGACUGCAAACGCACCGCUGAGCUGUGCCAACGGGAGGUCCGUGCACGCGUGACACGGUCAGUCAAGGCGGCUAAAGGCGCGCCACUGCGUAUGAAGCGGCUGGCCCGGGAUAUGGUGCUGUUCUGGCGGCGGUACGACCGUGAGCAGACUGAGCUAAGGAAGAGGGAGGAGAAGGAGGCGCUAGAGGCGAGGCGGAGGGAGGAGGAGCUCAGAGAAGCGCGGCGGCAGCAGCAGCGGCUGAAUUUCUUGCUCACACAGACGGAGCUGUACUCGCAUUUCAUGCACUCCAAGGUUGCGCCGGGGGGCGGGGCGGCCGGUGGUGCUGGGGCGAAAGCACGUGCAGCGGCGACUGCUGCUGGUGGUGGUGCUGCUGCUGGUGCAGCCGCUGGUGCUGGUGGUUCCGGUGCUGGUGGGGGAGGAGAGGGUUUAAGUGCGGAGGAGGUGGAGGAGAACGAGAGAAUGGCGGAGGAAGCAAGGUUGGCUGCGGUGCAAGCGGCGAGUGAGCAGCAGAGCCGCACGAACCUGUUUGACUCGGAAUCGAGACGGCUGCGAGGGGAAGGGGGAGAGGGGGAGGGGGAGGGGGAGGGGGAAGAGGAGGAUUUGGGGGCGGGCAGGGAGGGGGAGGAGGGCAUGGCUGCGGAUAUGGAUCUGCUGAACCCGUCCACAAUGCCGGAAGCAUCAACAGUGGCGCAGCCAAGCAUCUUCCGAGGGCGGCUGAAGGAGUACCAGUUAAAGGGGCUGCAGUGGCUUGUCAAUCUCUACGAGCAGGGCCUGAACGGGAUUCUGGCGGAUGAGAUGGGACUUGGCAAGACCAUUCAAGCCAUGACCUUCCUUGCUCAUCUAGCUGAGGAGAAGGGCAUCUGGGGACCCUUCCUCGUGGUGGCGCCAGCGUCGGUGCUCAGCAACUGGGCGGACGAGCUUGCACGGUUCCUGCCGGAGUUCAAGGUGCUGCCGUACUGGGGAGGGCUGCCAGAGCGCACAGUGCUGCGCAAGAACAUCCACCCGAAGAAGCUCUACCGCAAGGACGCGGCGUUCCAUGUGAUGGUGACGUCGUACCAGCUGCUGGUAGCAGACGACAAGUACCUGCGGCGCGUCAAGUGGCAGUACCUCGUGCUGGACGAGGCCCAGGCUAUCAAGAGCGCUGGCAGCAUCCGGUGGCGCACACUGCUGUCGUUCUCGUGUCGCAACCGGCUGCUGCUGACGGGCACGCCCAUCCAGAACUCCAUGGCGGAGCUGUGGGCGCUGCUGCACUUCAUCAUGCCCACGCUCUUCGACAGCCACGAGCAGUUCAGCGAAUGGUUCUCCAAGGGCAUUGAGGGCCAUGCGGAGCAUGGAGGGCUGCUCAAUGAGCAUCAGCUCAGCCGUUUGCACGCCAUCUUGAAGCCAUUCAUGCUGCGGCGCGUGAAGAAGGACGUGGAGACGGAGAUGAGCGGCAAGAAGGAGCUCGUGGUGCCAUGCGAGCUGCGGGCGCGGCAGCAGGCGCUGUACCGCGCAGUGAAGAACAAGAUCUCCAUCGCGGACCUGUUUGACAGCGUGGGCGGGCAGAUCAACGAGAAGAAGGUUCUGCACCUCAUGAACCUCGUCAUCCAGCUCCGGAAGGUGUGCAACCAUCCAGAGUUGUUUGAGCGCAACGAGGCAGCGGCGUAUUUCUACUUUGCCACCAUCUCCCCGCCGCUGCAGCCCCCGCCGUUCGGGGAGCUCGACUGGGUGCCGUACAGCGGGCGCCACAACCCCAUCACAUACACGGUCCCCAAGCUUCUCUACCCGCCUUCUGAUGUCUCCUUUCUAGCUCGUGCCACGGCCUUUGAGAGGGCUGUUGCGGGGGAGUUAAUGAGGCAAGCGGGGUGUGCGCAGGUGUUUAUGGGGGAGGGUUCAACUGACUGGCUGGAUGAUUGGGAGGAGGAUUGGGCGGUUGGGAAGCGGAGGGAUGGUGAGGAGGAGAAAGAGGAAGCGGCGGAGGAGGAGGAGGCAGAGAGGGGAAGACAGGAGGAGGGGAUGGAGGAGAGGUUAUUGGCUGUACAUAGACUGUUGUGUGUGAAGCCGAGAGGGCAAGGAGCUGUGUUGAGGAGACGAGAGCACUGGUUAAAGAAGGUAGAGGAGAGACGAUUCAGUGACAAAGAGGAGAGAGGUGUGAGGAAGGAGAAGCAGGAAGGGGAGAGAGUCCCGAGAGAAGUGGUAACGCAGGUGGGAGAGGAAGGGGUGGGCGGGAGGGUAGGGGAACGAGGUGAGGGGGGAGAGCGGGUGGAAGGGAGGAGUGGGGAAGAUGUGGAGCGGAGUAACGAAGGGCGGCAGGAAGGAGUAGAUGUUAAGAAAGAGGAGGAGGAUGUGAUUAUGGAGGAGAUGAGAGGAGGAGAGGGGAAGGAGAGCGAUAAGGAAAGAGAUAGGGAAAGGGAUAAGGACAAAGGGGGAGGUGAAGUGAAGGAGAAGGAGGUGGAUGGAGAGAAAGACGGUGGAGAGGAGGCUAUGGAGGUGGAUGGGGAGAAGGAGAGUGGCGACAAGAAUGGGGAGGUGAAAGAAGAGAAAGUGGAAGAGAAAGAGGGGGAUAGGGAGGACGCGGAAGCUGGGGAGAGGGAGAAGGACGCGGGAAAGAUGACGAGUGGGGGUACUGAGGAUGAUGUUAGAAGACGAGAGGUGGAAGAGGAUGUGGAGACAGCAGAGGUGAAAGAGGAGGCAGAGGGAAGAGAAGGGGAGGAGGAGAGAAGAGGGGGGGUAAAGGAGGGUGGAGUGAAGGAGGAAGAGGAUGAGGGGAGGCAUUCUGACCGUCUCUACAAUGCCACGUCGCUCAUCCGUGCCACCCGCACCUUCAUGCCUGCCGUGCGCGCUCCCCCCAUCGACUUCCUCUGCCAUGACCGCUCGUUUGCGUACCAGCAGCAGCAGCAGCUCUACCCGCCGUGGGCGCUCCGCCUCCUGCUGGGUUUCACGCGUGUGAAUGAGUACUCUGGGCCGUUUCUACCUGCGGAUCCGGCUGCGAGGUUGUCUGUCCGCCCGCCGGCAUCGUCGCCGGUGCUGGGAGUGAUGGGGGAGGAGCAGGGGGGAUUGGAGGUGGUGGGGGGCGGUACAGGGGAGGCGGAUGCGAGUGCUGGUGGUGAUGGUGGUGGUGGUUUGAGGGGUGGGAUGGAGUUGCAGCUGCCGCGGCCGCUGCUGGGUGCGCAGUUUGAUGUGGAGGGUUCAUCUCCGCCUAUCCAGAUAUUCGACUUCUCGAAGAUGCUCACGGACUCGGGCAAGCUGCAUCAGCUGGACGUGCUGUUGCGGCGGUUGAGAGCUGAAGGGCACCGAGUGCUGCUGUUCGCACAGAUGACCAAGAUGCUCAACAUCCUCGAGGACUACAUGAACUAUCGCAAGUACAAGUACCUGCGACUGGAUGGUUCGUCCACGAUUGUAGACCGCAGGGAGAUGGUCAAAGACUUUCAGCACAAGUCGGAGAUCUUUGUGUUUCUGCUGAGCACGCGGGCGGGCGGGCUGGGCAUCAACCUGACGGCGGCAGACACAGUGAUCUUCUACGAGAGCGACUGGAACCCCACCAUGGACCUGCAGGCCAUGGACCGCGCCCACCGGCUCGGGCAGACGCGCGAGGUGACGGUGUACCGAAUGAUCUGUGGGGGAACGGUGGAGGAGAAGAUAGUGAAGCGCGCCAACCAGAAGAACACCGUGCAGCAGCUCGUCAUGACCGGCCAGGGCGGCGCUGCGGGCGGCGGGCUGGUGGCGGGCGGCGGCGGCACGGGUGGCGGCGACGUGUUUGAGGCGGAGGAGGUGGUGUCGCUGCUGCUGGACGAUGCUGAGCUGGAGGCGCAGCUUAAAGCCCAGCAGGAGCAGGCUGCUGCCAAACAGCACUCGGGGAGAGGAAGGGUGUUUGAGGCGGAGGAGGUGGUGUCGCUGCUGCUGGACGAUGCUGAGCUGGAGGCGCAGCUUAAAGCCCAGCAGGAGCAGGCUGCUGCCAAACAGCACUCGGUAGGAUCGGCGGCGGAGGCGUGGGUCGAAGAAGAUCCGGCUGGAUGCAGAGGGAGGGGAGAGUCGCCACAACCGGUGAUGAAAGGAAAGCUGAGUGGUAGCACCCACUGGAACAAUCAUCCCGUAAACUCUUCUCUGUUUUCCCCUCCUCCUUACUUGCCGCCUCCUUCCAGGAUCGGCGGCGGAGGCGAUCGGCGGCGGAGGCGUGGGUCGAAGAAGAUCCGGCUGGAUGCAGAGGGAGGGGAGGCGGUGGAAGAGGAGGAGGGCGCGAGGGGCGGCGAGGAGUCCGGAGGAGCGGGGAGGAGAGAUGGCGGUGCGGGGGCGUCAGAGAAUGUGUCAGGGGGAGAUGUCGUGGGAGGGGGUGAGGGGGCAGGCGCAGGCUCGCAUAAGUCUCGUGCAUUCCUAUCUUGCUCUUUAUUCCCUCGCUUGACACACAACCUUCCCGUCCCCCUUUCUCUGCUGCUCCCCCUUCUCUCACUGUUCCCAUCUCUGCCCCCGUUCCCUCUUCCCCCUGUGCUGUGCUCCCCUCCGGCCCAUACCACCAUGCCACAAUGCUCCCUUGCCUCCUUAUCCAAGCGCAAGAGACAGUCGGAUCGUCCUCCCAGACCCGGAGGCAGAAGCAAAGGGAAAGCAGCCGCAGCCGCAGCUGCUGCUGCUGCUGCUGCUGCUGCUGCAGCUGCUGGUGGGGGUGCUGCUGGGGUGGUGGCUGUUGCUGAUGCUGGCGUAGCAGUGGGCGGACGUGCGGAGGGUGGUUUGUCAGAAGCAGAGGAGAGGAACGGGUGGGGGUCGAGAGAGGCAGUUUUCCUGGAGGGAACAGCAGCCAAGAGACGAAGAGGACCCACUCCUCAAAGAAGGCGAUUGAGCGCCAUGGGAUGGGUGAAUGAUGGGCAAGGGGGGGAGGAUGGAGGUGGGGGUGGGGGAGGAGGGGGAGGGGAGGGUGGGAGAAGUAGAGGGAGUGGAGUGGGGGAGGAUGAGAGAAGUGGUGGAGGGGAGGUACAGUGGGGAGAUGGGGGUGGGAGCGUGCAGGAGGGAGGGGAGGAGAGAAGUCAGGUUCGACUUAAGGCGCUGCGUGUGAGGUUGAAUAUGAGGCGAGGGAGAGGGGAGGUGAGUGGUGGAGGGGGGGGAGGAGGGGCGGAGGGAGAUGGAGCAGGUGACUGA